GCGAGAGGAACGAUGACAGGACUUUUUGUCUCCUUGAAUAGUGAUAUUUUUGAGGUGCCAAUUGCAAAAGAGAAACAGACUUCUCUAUCACAAGCACGCCACAGUCAGAAAUAGCCAAUUGUAAAUAACAGCAUUUAUCAAAUGGUCUACCAAGGCCCGUCGCGGGGUUGCAAUUCAUGUAGGAAGAGGCGGAAAAAGUGCGACGAGACGCGUCCGGUAUGUCCAUUUCGUGCCAGUGACUCGAUUGGAGGCUGGCUUUGUCAGGACUAACAGCUCACAAAGGCAUGCAUGAGAUGCUUGAAUGCUAAGCGUCAAUGUGGCGGCUAUGAGGAUGAAGUAAUUGGUCGCCAGCCUUAUGGAGUGCCAAGCACAGUUCAAGUUAGUGGGAUGUCAACGGUUGAAGCGAUGGAGUCCUAUCCGCCUGGAGAGGCUUGGGUUACUUGAGUACACACUUACUGAUGAAAGAUGCAGGGAUCUCCUUCGGUAUCCACGGCACGAAAGUGUACGCUUCCAAAACGUCUACCAAUCCCAGGAACCGAUAUAAUCCCAGAAGAUACCAUACCGACGGAGGUGACAAUGGACGAGAGUAAUGCGCUCGCCUUGAGAGCAUUCUACCAUGAUUUUUGCAUUAUUCCCACUAACAUCAACCUUUCUCGCGGGUAUCUAGCCGGCUUAGAGACGAUGGUUAAUCGCUUGGGACCAAAGUCGGAUCUUGCGAAAGUCUGUCAAGCUGUUGCAUGUGCUAGUCAUGGCAAGCCCGAACGAAGGCCACAGAUUGUUCAUCGAGCUGAAACAUCAUAUCAUCAUCUGCUCGGAUCUCUAGCCAAGAAGUUGGAAAAUCCAAGUACCGAAAGGUUCGCAGAGACAAGGCUGCUGGCUAUGUUAUUAGGUCUUUAUCAGAUAGUUAUGGCAAAUGAAAAGGACUUUGGUGUUCAUGAAGUUCACGCCAGCGGUUUAGCAACACUGAUGAAAAUUGAUAACUCUCCUCUAAACCUUUUAGAGCCACUUCUGGCUAGAAAAAGCUUGGCGACAUCAGGGGCCUCACAGGACCCCGGGAUAUUCUCAAUUCCAUCCUUGAAUGAGACCAGCCCAUCACUGGAUGAACUCCUCCGCAGCUUGACUGUUUUGUGGGAAAAGACGAAAUGGUCGACCGAUUACCAGGACACCAGUAUUUUUGGAGCCGAAUGUGCGGAACUUGAUCGAGCUUUUGCGAAAUGGGAAGCAGACCGGGCCUCAGACUUUCGACCAACAGAAAUUGGCAAGGUAAUCUACGCAGCUUCACAACAUAUUACGGCAGGUUACUGGCCUGGGAGACUGGACACAUAUUUCGAUCUCUACGUGGCUGCCAUUUGGAACAUCUUUCGCACAGCAAGACUGCUUUCCCUUGCUAUUGCACUUACCACACCUGAUGGCAAUGAGAACUCGAUUCAAUACAUCGAUAUUGCCAAUAAUAUCGUGGAGGAUAUCUUUGCCUCUGUUCCUUAUCACCUUGCAGAUAAUCUGCCUGUGUUUCUCGAAGGGACAGAACGGAAACUGCCCAUUGAUCCUGGGCGGACACUCGGAGGCUUGCUUCUGAUGCAUCCGCUGUAUGCUUUUUCGAAAAUAGACUUUCUGCCUGAUAGGACGAAAGACUAUGCAAGGGAAUGCCUUCGGUGGAUUGGUGAGGAAAUGGGUAUCGGACAGGCUGGUUUGAUGUCAAAUUCCGAAAUGAAUAGAAAAUAUUUGGAGAGCGGUUGUAUGAUCAUUUGGGCUGGAUUCCUUGGGUGAAUCAAGUGAGGAUGAAAACCAUGUAAAUCGAAGAAAUAAUUCUGUUUCAUCUAUUGGGAGAAUGGGAGUUUUUGGGGAUCAUCCUGCAGCGGCGAGUAUGGCAGAAUCUGUACUAUUUACUUGACAGAAGCUCGGGACCGUAGACAUAGGUCGGGCUAACGCGAGACUCUCGUAAUCGACCUUUUGUCGCUGUCCUCGAUCCGUACUAUACCAGCCUUCACACUGUACAAUCUUACGUACACCAAUCAUGUUGGAAAUUGGAUAUCAUGCAAGAAUACACCCUGACAUUGAUAUCAC